AUGCGUCCCCGCCUAUCCCUCCCUCCCCUCCCCCUUCGACUUCACCAUCACCACCACACCCUCCGCACCUACACAACACAACCCCCCAAACCCCCCUCCCAUCCCAGCACACCACCGCAACCCAACCUCCGCCACAACCGCCUCAUCCUCGCCCUCACCGGCGCAACCGGCUCCAUCUACGGCAUCCGCACCCUCACUACCCUGCACCAACUCAACAUCCAAACCCACCUAAUCCUCUCCAAAUGGGCUCUCCCGACCCUCCGCUACGAAGCUCCCCAAUACACCCUCCCGUACCUCAACUCUCUCGCAACCCGCACAUACUCACCCCGCGAUCUCGCCGCCCCCAUAAGCAGCGGCAGCUACCCGGUGGACGGAAUGAUCAUCGCACCCUGCAGCAUGAAGACCCUGGCGGCAAUCCGCAUGGGAUACGGCGAGGACUUGAUCUCGCGGGCUGCGGACGUGUGCAUUAAAGAGGGAAGGAAAUUGGUGCUGAUGGUUAGGGAGACGCCCUUGAGUGUCAUUCAUCUGGAGAAUAUGGCUGCGUUAGCGAGGUUAGGGGUUGUUAUCUUUCCUCCAGUGCCGGGGUUUUAUACGAGGCCGAAGGGUAUUGAUGAGGUCGUGGGGCAUAGUGUGGCGAGGAUGUUGGAUGUGAUGGGGGUGAAUGUGGGUGAUAUUGGGGUGGAUGGGAGGGAGGGGGAUGGGGAUAAAGAGGGGGGUAGUGGUGGAGGAGGGGUUAUGCCGGCGGAGGGAAGGUGGGUUGGGUGGAGGAAGUGA